AUGCUGGGCCGAACAGAACACAGAGGCGUGUGCAGGCUGUUGUCAUCAGUGAUGUCUGGAACAGAGUCUCAUACAGACAGAGAGGAAGACUACAGGUUCCUCCACAGCAUGUUGAUGGAGAAGAAGCUUCACCUGCUCUUUAAGAUCCACGAGCGGCUGAAGCGGUUUGAGAAGCGAAGCCCAUACCCUGUCCAAGAGCAUGCGGCGAGUCUGGCCUCAGAUUUGGCUGAAGACCUGAUAUACCACGGCUGGAGAGAUGAAGUCAAAGAACUGGUUACGCUCUUUUCCAAACCCCACUUUAAGAGUCUUUUGUUUGUCCAUGAUGCCGUGGCUCAGAGAGACUUUGAGCCUACUCUGCCACCAAUACCUGAUGGCAUACUGGAGGAGGAGGAGGACUCGGUCAAGAUUGUCAGUCUCGUCAAAACCAAAGAGCCCCUGGGGGCAACAAUUAAGAGGGAUAAAUCCACGGGGGCUAUUGUGGUGGCAAGGAUCAUCAGAGGAGGUGCAGCUGACAAGAGUGGUCUGAUCCAUGAAGGAGAUGAGCUGAAAGAGGUGAAUGGUGUGUCGCUAGAGAACAGGAAGCCUAAAGAAAUCCUUCCUCUUCUGGCUCAUUCUCAGGGUGAAAUUACGUUCAAAAUCAUCCCUGCUGCCUCCAAGGAAGAAAUGCCAUCCAAUAAGAAGAAGCUGUUUGUACGGACUCUUUUUGACUAUGACCCGAGUGAGGAUCCCACUGUCCCUUGCAAGGAUGCAGCAGUAGCCUUUAAAAGGGGUGACGUCCUCCAGAUUGUCAGCAAAGAAGAUGACACCUGGUGGCAGGCCCGUCACCUCGGGGAUGGUAAAACCCGGGCAGGGCUUAUCCCUUCUCAACAGCUCCAUGAGAGGAGAGUUGCACUACAGCGUCCAAAAGCCCUGUUCAAGCCUCGGCGAGUCAAACCGCCAACAGGUGAUCAGUCAACAUUUGUUUUUCCAGUCACGGAGGACGUAGACUAUGGAGCUAUAACAGGGAUCCACAUUGCUGGUUUACGAAGGAGUUUUCGAUUGGGCAGAAAGAGUAGUAUGGCCAGAGAGGUGGCUCGGUCCAGGAGGUGGAGCUCAGGGUUUCAUGGAUCACUUUGUCCACCUACCUACAUAGAGGUCAUCCCGUACUGCAAAGACCCCAAGGAAAGACACCGUCUGGUCAUCCUGGUUGGGCCCAGCGGUGUUGGCGUUAAUGAACUGAAGAGGAGGCUCCUGAUCUCCGACCCUGACCACUAUGGCGUCACUGUACCACACACCACACGUGAGAAGAGAAGGCAAGAGAAAGAAGGGGUGGAUUAUCAUUUUGUAUCAAUUCUCAUGUUUGAAGAGGCAAUUCUCAAUCACAGGUUUACAGAAUAUGGGAUAUUCAGAGGUCACUACUACGGGACAAGUCUGGACUCUAUUUACAAAGUGAUGGCAGAGGGCAAAGUGUGCCUUCUGGACGUGCACCCUAGUAAAAUAAAGCAUGUCUACACAUCUGAAUUCAAACCAUACGUGGUGUUUGUGAAGCCCCCACGUAUCGAGGAGCUACGUCUGACCAGGCGAAGAGCUAAAUUCAUCUCUCAGGAGGACACAAACCCAGUCAGGAUCUUUUCAGAUGAGGAUUUUGAAGAGAUGCUUGACUCGGCUGAAACCAUGGAGAGCCACUACGGUCACCUUUUUGACAAGGUGAUUGUGAAUGGAGAUAUUGCGAUGGCGUUCAGAGAGCUCAAGGAAGACCUCAAGCGUAUAGAAGAGGCAGAUGUCCAGUGGAUUCCUGCAGAUUGGGUUUGCUCCUCACCAAAAAAAGUGCGGAGAAGUUGCAGUCAUUUGAGCGGCUGGAUUUGA